AUGGCAUCACCCGAAUCUCUCACCCGUCCUGAAGUGAGCACGAUCACUCUCAACGAAUCACCAGAAUCGCACUUGAAUGUUGUUGACGUUGGCCCUUCGAGAUGGGCAAUCGUGAGCAAAGUACAGGAGCGCACUAAUAUCCUGAGUCAGCGAGAUUGUAUAAGCAAGUACCUUAUUGCCGGCACCGAGUUUAAGAACGCUUCCCUCCGGGCCACACAGGCUGUCAAGACCUAUGAGCCUACAGAGCUUACCACUCUCAAGUCCCUCCAAGAGAAAGGCUGCGAUGUUAUUCCUCGGCUCCUUCAAUAUCAGUGUGACCAACAAGACGAAGACGAUACCGUCCCUGGUGGGUUUAUCACGUAUGUGAUAUGGGAAAGGGUGCCAGGCGAGUCCCUCGAUAUGCAAACGUUUUGGGGUUAUUCGUUCUCGGAGCGAGAAGUGAUCCGGCUUAAGUUCCGCGAGGUCUACAAGAAGAUUAAGGCGUGCGGAUACUGCCUAUCUCCUGGGAUAAAUAAGGUCAUAUAUCAUAGGCCUACUCAAAUGAUCCCGUUUCGUACCGAAGACACCCAAUGGUCCGAUCGUAUCUACUGCUCUUAUGGUCUCGUUCGGCCACCUACAUCAAUGGACCAGUUCUUUCCUAUUACCAGCGCUGAUUUGAAGUAUGACGACAAGGGUUGGAGAUGGUAG